GUGACACACAACCAGCUGCUCAUUUUCAUGAUGGAAAUCUUUAAUCAUGUGCUCCUGGGUUUGUGUGGACUGCAUCUGUUGGUGAACGGCAGCACAAAUGUGGAUUCAUCCUGGAGGCUGUGGACAAGUGCUAACAACAGAUGGUCCUCAGUUCGAAGGAGCAGAGCUGUGAGCAGACCGGAGCCCAUCAACUGUAAACUGGGCGGCUGGUCAUCCUGGACACCCUGUGAUUCCUGCACUGACAAACAGUUACGUUUCCAGUACUUAGAGAAACCUUCCCAGUUUGAUGGUCAAAAGUGUCUUGAGACGUUGUGGGACAGGCUGGCGUGUCCAAGAGCAACCAGCCAGUGUUUGGUACCUGAUCACUGUGGAGCGAGCUUCACCUGCCCAGAAACAGGCCGCUGCAUCAGCCAGUCUCUUCGCUGUAAUGGAGAAUCAGACUGCGAUGACUUCUCUGACGAAGACCAGUGUGAAAGUUUCAACCUACGAGACGAUAAGUGUUCCAACUUCAUGACGAUUCCUGGAGCCGAGCGAGGCACACAGGGCUAUAACAUCCUGACCAGAGAUUUUAUGAAUCAAGUACUUGACCCUCAGUACUUUGGUGGGAAGUGUGAAUAUGUUUAUAAUGGAGAAUGGAGGAAACUCAGCUAUGACUCAUUCUGUGAGAACCUUCACUACAACGAAGACGAGAAGAACUACAGGAAGCCUUACAAUUAUCACACCUACCGCUUUGUGGCUGAAGCCACAUCUAAAGGCUCCCAUGAAUAUUUUGAGGACAUGCAAAGCCUGCUGGAGGCGAGGAAGAGCAUGUCGUCCUCCAUGGCCAGCUUCUCAGUUGGGAUCCAGUUCGUGGAGGUUGGACUGCAGGGCAGCUCCGAGUCAGAGUUUCUGAAGAACCUAACCAAACAUUACAGCCAGGACCUCGGGUUCAUGAGACUCUGGUCAAAAGUGGAAACGGCGCGCUUCAAAAUGAGGACUGAUCAGCUGAUGCUGCAUGAAGACUUCUACGUGUCCCUCAUGGAGCUUCCUGAGAAGUAUGACUUUGGCAUGUACUCCAGCUUUCUCAACACGUUUGGGACCCACUAUGUGACGGAGGGAACCAUGGGAGGCAUUCUGGAAUACGUGUAUAUCAUCAAUAAAACAGCCAUGGCGCAGUCAGAAAUCAAUGCUCAGACUCUUCAGUCCUGUUUCGGAGCCUCUCUUGGUUUGAGUUAUCCUGUUGAAGAAGGCAUGUCAUUGGGCUUUAAGGUGAAAGCUAGCCAAUGUGAUAAAAACAAGGACAUAUCUGAUGAGUCGUCCUCUAACAAAGCUCUGGUUCAGGAUGUGCUCACGAUGGUGAAAGGGGGGAUCACAGAGACCGGCUCAGGCCUGCUGGCCAUCAGAAACACAGACACGUACAGGAAGUGGGGGGCUUCUCUCAAAUACAGCCCAGCACUGACGGAGUUUGAGAUCAUGCCCAUUCAUGAAGUUGUGAGCUUCAGUAGUGCUGCUGAGCACGCAGGAGCACGAGUAUCUAACCUGCAGAAGGCCUUGGAUGAGUACCUGCAGCAGUUUGACGCUUGUCGAUGCGCCCCCUGCAGACACAAUGGGAUCCCGGUCCUGUCUGGCACCUCCUGCAGCUGCAUCUGUAAGUCAGGCUACCAGGGGGUGGCCUGUGAGGAAACGCUCAGGAGAGACACCAGGACAGACGGUUCGUGGUCCUGCUGGGGGUCGUGGUCUUCCUGUGUCUCGGGGAGGAGGAGCAGGACCAGAGUAUGUAAUAAUCCUGCACCUGAAGGGGGCGGAGCUUCCUGCCUGGGCUCAUCCACUCAGAACCAGAACUGCUAAAGACAGGUGUUUUCUACAAGCUUAC